CUGCGGACGAGCUCGGGAUUCCCAUUCCUUGCCACGGGAAAAGAAUAGCCAGGGACCUGUGUACCCAGUGUUUCCGUGCAGCCUUGGUCCGACCGAACCUCCCGGUUGGUCCGCUGCAAUGCGCCCCCAUGAGUCCGGGCCGCACCCGCCAUUUCCCCCCAUGCAAUGCGCGAGAGCUGCGUUUUUUUUUCGAGCUACGGCCGAUCUUGAUUGCCCGAAACUUUUUUUUCCCUUUGUCCUUCCUGCCAGCACCUCACAACCUCCUCAAUCGCACACUCCAAGAUACCAACCAUGGCUCCUGCUCUGCGUCUAGCGACCUCUACUCUGAGGGCCUCGCUGAAGGCACCCUCGCUCGUGUACAGAAACACUGCCUUUACGGCCGCCCGAUGCUACUCGUCCAAGAGCCAGACAUUGAAGGAGCGCUUCGCCGAGCUGCUGCCCGAGAAGAUUGAGCAGAUCAAGGCGCUGAGGAAGGAGCACGGUUCUAAGGUCGUUGACAAGGUCACCCUCGACCAAGUAUAUGGUGGCGCCCGUGGCAUCAAGUGCCUGGUGUGGGAGGGCUCCGUCCUCGACGCCGAGGAGGGCAUCCGCUUCCGCGGCAAGACCAUCCCCGAGUGCCAGGAGCUUCUGCCCAAGGCCCCCGGUGGCAAGGAGCCUCUGCCCGAAGGCCUCUUCUGGCUUCUCCUGACCGGCGAGGUCCCCACCGAGCAGCAAGUCCGCGACCUCUCGGCCGACUGGGCUGCCCGCUCCGAGAUCCCCAAGUUCGUCGAGGAGCUGAUCGACCGCUGCCCUUCCGACCUCCACCCCAUGGCCCAGUUCUCCAUGGCCGUCACCGCCCUCGAGCAGACCUCUUCCUUCGCCCGUGCCUACGCCAAGGGCGUCCACAAGAAGGACUACUGGGGCUACACCUUUGAGGACUCGAUGGACCUCAUUGCGAAGCUCCCCACCAUUGCCGCCCGCAUCUACCAGAACGUCUUCAAGGGCGGCAAGGUCGUGCCCGCCGAGAAGGACAAGGACUACGCCUACAACUUCGCCAACCAGCUCGGAUUCGGCAGCAACCCCGACUUCGUCGAGCUCAUGCGUCUCUACCUGACCAUCCACACCGACCACGAGGGCGGCAACGUCAGUGCCCACACCACCCACCUGGUUGGCAGCGCCCUCAGCUCGCCCUUCCUGUCGCUGGCCGCUGGCCUGAACGGUCUCGCCGGCCCUCUGCACGGCCUGGCCAACCAGGAGGUGCUCAACUGGCUCACCGAGAUGAAGAAGGUCAUUGGCGACGACCUCAGCGACGAGGCCAUCACCAAGUACCUCUGGGACACCCUGAACGCCGGCCGCGUCGUCCCCGGCUAUGGCCACGCCGUCCUCCGCAAGACCGACCCGCGCUACACUGCCCAGCGCAAGUUUGCUCAGGAGAAGAUGCCCAACGACCCCAUGUUCAAGCUCGUCAGCCAGGUCUACAAGAUCGCCCCCAAGGUCCUCACCGAGCACGGCAAGACCAAGAACCCCUACCCCAACGUCGAUGCCCACUCUGGUGUUCUCCUCCAGUACUAUGGCCUGACUGAGGCCAACUACUACACCGUUCUCUUCGGUGUCUCGCGCGCCAUUGGCGUCCUGCCUCAGCUGAUCAUUGACCGUGCUGUCGGCGCCCCCAUCGAGCGCCCCAAGAGUUUCUCGACCGAGAAGUGGAUCGAGAUUUGCCAGAAGCUGUAAGAGGUUGUAAUAUACCGGGUUAGGUUGUUGGGCACGGCGCGAAGGGAUCGUUUAUGGUUGUUUCAGUAGCAUAGAAUGGAUGGGAUUCUCUAAUUUACAUGGCAGCGUCUGUAGCCCGCCGCGGAGGUAGACUGGGCAGAAGGCUAUGCAUUGUGGUUUGUACGAUACGGAUCCCGUACUCCGGGCCUGUCGGCGAAAUGAAAAGUUCCUGGCAUGGAUCCCCUUUCGGGAUGAUGAUGGUGAUAGGU